GGCUCGUAACGUUACAGGAAAGAGUAGUUUCACUAUACACCUAUAUGCAAUGUUUAUGACAAAGCCGUACGAAAAAAGAAAUUYGUAAUUAGUGAAAUAAUUAGAAAAGCACGCGGUAUGAGCUCGUUUCCAGCAAGCCACACWGAGGAAGCAACCAGAUGAAUCCGUAAAUCGCGCAUUUAAAACCGCGUUUGCAUUAAUUACCAACAAUCUUCAUUGAACUUGGCAAUAUGGGAUGCACUAGCUCGUCGAAUAGUUCAUCCGGUACAGAAAUACAUUUCUCUGACAAGCUAAGACAUACUAAGUCAGCAGAUUUGACUUGGGAGCAGAAAUAUCUUAUCAGGGAGACGUGGAAAUUUCUGGAGAAUUAUAAGUCAGAGAUAGGGAUUUCUGUGUAUAAACGAUUUCUGACCAUACAUCCGGAACUCAAAAUACACUUCAAAGAAUUUCGGWCAAUUGAAAUAAGCGAGAUAAAUGGCCUACAUGGUCAUCCAAAGAGAGUGAUGACGGCUAUUGACGACGCUGUCACAACAAUGGGAGACUCUGAGGAAUUUUAUGCAUAUUUAUUUGAGCUGGGAAAACGUCAUGCUGAUUUGGAAUUUAAAAUUUCUCGCACACAU